GCGCAAAGUUACGUUUGUUUGAAGUUUCAGUAUUACAUCAGGCAUUCACCGCGGCCGUCAACCGCAGUGAAACAUUCACUUCUUUCGUCUGCUGCGGUGAAUGCAUUCACUGCGGUUGACUACCGCAGUGAUGCUCAAACAUGUGUAUAUUGGAAUUUUUUUUUAUAACGUGUGUAUUUUGAUAAUCUUUUUAAAAAACAUGUGUACUUUUUCCACGGUACCUCAUUUUAAAAUCAACAAAGCCUAAUAGACUAAAACGAAGCUAUAUCCAAAGUUUAGUGACCUUCCCGGCACAAAAUUAAAUUAAACCAGAGAGAAAUUAAUGUCGCGCGAACCCUGAAAACCGAAGCAAGAAAUCCCUAGAAUUGGAGAGAACGACGGCCGGGGAAGAAAAAUAAUGAACUGGAUACGGAGCAGCGCGUCCCUCGCCGCCACAUCGUUGAACUCGGUGGUGGCUCGGGAGAACCAGCUGUACCGGACUCAGCAAUGGCGGGGGAUCCGGGUUAUGGUCUUUGACGGGAACGUGGAGAGGGCUCUUACCGUGUUGCAGCGGAAGAUGCAAUCGAGCGGGAUGGAACGGCUGAUCAAGCGGGCGCAGACUACUCACCUGAAGAACUCGGAGAAGCGAGUUUUGGCUCACAAGAAUCUGAUGCACCGGGUUAAAUCCGAGGAUCUUGCCCGCAAGCUCCAGGGCAUCCUCCAGAAAAAAAUCAGGUGAAUUUGAAUUAAACGCUUCUCCGGAUUCUUAUCGUUUUCCUUAGCUUUAAUUAUCUGACGGGAGGUGGUGAUUUUUCAUUAGUGGGAACUGCAAUUUAGAUGUUGGAAAUGGUUGGGAUGGUGGAAAGGGAUUCGAGAAUAUGAUAUAGGGGUAGGGUUGAUGUUGAAUUGGGAAGGCGAUGGAACAACAUUUUAUGAAUUAUUAAUAUGGUCGGAAGUUCUCUGUACUUCAGCUGUUUAAUAAGCCAGCAUUUGUUAUGAUGGAGAAGAUCAAGAUUGAAUUACAUUGAAUAAGGUUGAAUAGGAUCUCAUGAAUGUGAAGCGAGGGUUUGGGCUUGUGCAUAGAACUUUAGACCUGUGGUUUUUGCUUUGUGUCAAGAGUCUCUUACUCUCUUUUCUCCUACGGGGUUGUCAUGGGAAGUAGCAUUCAAGAAGAUGAAGAUUUGUGUGUAUCAGCUUCAUCGUUGAUUAUGAAUGUUCAUAUGUGAUGGAAGCUCUAUUGCCGUUAUUGUUUGUGGCAGCUGGUUGUCUGUCGAAGGGCUUGACAAAAGAUAGUCACUUUUAUUUGGUUUAGCAGAAGAUCUUUUGCUAAUGUAACGUGUACUAUCAAGUUAAGAAUAUUACUCUUUUGGAUUCUUUACUGUAGGGUUCUAUCUAAGUUUUCAUCUGCCCGUUAUUACUUGCUUACCUUUUUGAAACUUUGAUGCUUUGUUUAUGGCCUGCAAGGAAGCUGCUUUCCUUCUGUUUGCAUAUCUCUUUUUCAAGUUAAGAACUUUGCAAUUGGUAUCAACUAAAUGUAUUGAUGAAUGUUUCAGGGGACUGUGAGAGCUGGUAUCGGGUGGCGCAAAUCAGACUGUAGCGAGUUGGUGACCUUGCAAAACACUGUUGUUUACAGUAGAAUCGGCUGUUUUGAGCUGCUUAUUCAUGUUAGUUGAGUUGGCUUUGUUCUGAAAUCAUGCAGAACUCUUGAUGUUAGCUGUCCAUUCCUUACAGAAGACAUUUAUUCACAGAACCAUUGAAGGUUAACCAUUGUGUUGCAAAUUGGUUCCUCUAGCUCUCUUCUCUGUUUGUGUCACCAUUCCGGACCUUGUUAAUCUUAAAGAGGCAUCAAAUAAGUGUUGCAUUCAAGGCUAAUAAUCUAAUAUGGCAUAUGGAUGGGAAAUUGAUGUGAUUCUUUUUCGUGGAUGAUUUGAGUUCUGAAUUUAAGUUUCAAUAGAGAUAAAAUCUCGAUGGGUUUACUUUAGGGAUGACAAUUUCGACCUGAUCCGUUUUACCCGACCUGUUUGGCCUGUUUUGGGGCGGGAGCGAGGGCGGGCAUGGGUACCCUCAUCGACUCGACCUGCCCCAUUCUCGACCCGUUCUUGCCUAAAUUACAUGUAAUCUUAGAGUCAAAUUAUUUAGGAAUUUAAUUUAAUUAGAUCAUAAUUUAGCUAUAAUAAAAUUGUAAAUUAGUG